AUGACCACUUCUUCAAGACCUACAUCGAAACCUGUUUAUGUUUCUUCCAAUAAGGUUGUCGGAGGUACAAACUUCGGUGAUGAAGUCAUCUCCGGACAAUCACAAAGAUCGUGUGACUCUUCUAGUAUUAUGUUCAUUUCUAAAAUUUCCAGACUUGGAGCUCAGGCGUUCAAGGGAUUAUCAAAAGCCCCACUAAGAAUUCCAUCAAGAAGGUCAUUUUUCCCUAAAGUUCAGAAUGACUACUUGUUUCCCUCGAGUCAUAAAUUAUUCUCCACCACACCCACUAGCAAUUCACAAGGUGAAAACGAAGACAACAACCAAAAAAUCUCUGUGACAUUCUUUGACAAAGAUGGAGAAGAACAAGAAAUCAAAGUCCCCAUUGGAAUGUCAAUGUUAGAAGCUGCCCAUGAGAAUGACAUAGAGCUUGAAGGAGCAUGUGAAGGAUCUCUCGCUUGUUCCACCUGUCAUGUCAUUGUCAUGGAUGUGGAACAGUACAAUAAGCUAGAAGAUCCUACAGACGAGGAGAAUGAUAUGCUAGACCUUGCUUUUGGACUGACAGAAACGUCUCGACUUGGUUGUCAAGUAAUUGCAAAACCUGAACUUGAGGGGCUUCGGCUUGCUCUUCCUGCUGCUACUAGAAAUUUUGCUGUUGAUGGAUAUAAACCAAAACCACACUAAUCAUAUUUUAUUUUAUUUUAUUUCGGAUCAUUUUUGUAGCAUUUGUAUGCGAGGGGAUUAUAUCGAUGUUUGUUUGACUGAUGUAGGAGAUAAUUGCAGAACAUGUGACAUUGGCAAAUUUAUAGACUUGAUAAUUAAUUGGUUGUGUUGUGGCAUUGGGUUCAUAAUUUAUUAAGUGGAUUGAAUUAUGAUUUAGGUUUUGUUUGGUGUGAUGUUUAUGGAAUUGAAUGUUUUGUCUUAAUGGUAAGAG